GUGCGGCUGCUGCGGCGCCCUGCGUCCCCGCUACAAAAGGCUUGUCGACAACAUCUUCCCUGAGGACCCAGAGGAUGGGCUGGUGAAGACCAACAUGGAGAAGCUGACAUUUUAUGCCCUGUCUGCCCCGGAGAAGCUGGAUCGCAUCGGUGCCUACCUCUCCGAGCGGCUCAUCCGAGACGUAAGCCGGCACCGAUACGGGUAUGUGUGCAUUGCCAUGGAGGCCCUAGACCAGCUCCUCAUGGCCUGCCACUGCCAGAGCAUCAACCUCUUCGUGGAGAGCUUCCUGAAGAUGGUGGCAAAGCUGCUGGAGUCGGAGAAGCCCAACCUGCAGAUCCUGGGGACCAACUCGUUCGUGAAGUUUGCCAACAUCGAAGAGGACACCCCAUCUUAUCACCGCAGCUACGACUUCUUUGUCUCCCGCUUCAGUGAGAUGUGCCACUCCAGCCACGACGACCUGGACAUCCGGACGAAGAUCCGGAUGUCCGGCAUUAAAGGCCUGCAAGGAGUGGUGAGGAAGACAGUGAACGAUGAACUCCAAGCCAACAUCUGGGACCCACAGCACAUGGACAAAAUCGUGCCCUCGCUGCUCUUCAACUUACAGCACGUGGAGGAGGCCGAAAGCCGCUCCCCCUCCCCGCUGCAAGCCACCGAGAAGGAGAAGGAGAGUCCUACGGAGCUGGCGGAGAGGUGUCUGCGGGAGCUGCUGGGCCGAGCGGCGUACGGCAACAUCAAGAACGCCAUCAAACCCGUCCUCAUCCAUCUGGAUAACCACUCGCUCUGGGAGCCGAAGAUCUUUGCCACCUGCUGCUUCAGGAUCAUCAUGUACUCGAUCCAGCCACAGCACUCCCAUCUCGUGAUCCAGCAGCUCCUGGGGCACCUGGAUGCCAAUAGCAAGAGCGCGGCCACCGUGCGCGCGGGCAUCGUGGAGGUCCUCUCGGAGGCAGCGGUGAUCGCAGCCUCCGGAUCUGUUGGCCCCACGGUGCUGGAGGUGUUUAACACCCUGCUGAGGCAGCUGCGGCUCAGCAUUGACUACGCGCUGACGGGGAGCUACGACUGCGUUGCCGGCGUCAGCACCAAGAUCAUCAAGGAGCACGAGGAGAGGAUGUUCCAGGAGGCCGUCAUUAAAACCAUAGGGUCCUUCGCCAGCACGCUGCCCACCUACCAGCAGUCUGAGGUGAUGGUCUUCAUCAUGAACAAGGUGCCGCUACCCUCCUUGCAGCAGUCCAUCGAGGCUGGCAAAGCCGGGGAGAACCGGAAUCGGCUGACACAGAUAAUGCUCCUGAAGUCCCUCCUCCAGGUUUCUGUGGGCUUCCAGUGCAGUAACAUGCUCACGGCACUGCCCAGCGCCUUCCUGGACAGGCUGCUCUCCGCAGCCCUCAUGGAGGAUGCCGAGAUCCGCCUCUUUGUCCUCGAGAUCCUCAUCAGCUUCAUCGAUCGCCAUGGGAACCGACAGAAAUUCUCCACCAUCAGCACCAUCAGUGACAUCUCGGUCCUGAAGCUGAAAGUGGACAAAUGCUCGCGCCAGGAUACUGUCUUCAUGAAGAAGCAUGGCCAGCAGCUCUACCGGCACAUCUACCUGAUAUGUAAGGAGGAGAGCAACGUGCAGGCUCACUAUGAGGCUCUCUACAGCAUGCUGAUGCUCAUCAGCAUCGAGUUGGCUAAUGAGGAGGUCGUGGUGGACCUCAUCCGCCUGGUGCUGGCAGUGCAGGAGAUAGCCCAGAUCAACGAGGAUAACUUGACGGCGUACAACCGCUGCGCGCUCUUCGCCCUCGGUGCAGCUUACCUGAACCUCAUCAGCCAGCUCACCACCGUGCCCACCUUCUGCCAGCACAUCCACGAGGUCAUCCAGAUGCGACAGAAGGAAGCUCCCUAUCUGCUCCCUGAAGAUGUGUUUGUGGAGAGACCCAGGUUGAGCAAGAGCCUUGACCGCCUGGGCCCAGAGGUCUUCUUCUGGCAGAGCAAGAUCAGCGAGGUGCUGGGCGGCAGCGGCUACAACUCGGACCGGCUCAGCACACCCUACAUCCCCCAGCUGACGGACGAAGAUCGCUUGUCCAAGAGGAAGAGCAUAGGCGAGACCAUUUCCCUGCAGGUUGAGGUGGAGUCGAGAAACAGUCCUGAGCGAGAGCAGAGAGCACCAGCGGAAGAGAUCACGUACGAGACGCUGAAGAAGGCGAUAGUAGACAGCGUCGCCGUGGAGGAGCAGGAACGAGAGCGGAGGCGGCAAGUGGUGGAGAAAUUUCAGAAAGCCCCGUUCGAGGAGAUCGCUGCCCACUGCGGUGCCCGGGCGACGCUGCUGCAGAGCAAGCUCAACCAGAUCUUCGAGAUCACCAUACGGCCACCGCCAAGCCCCUCCGGCACCAUCACAGCUGCCUACGGCCAGCCCCAAAACCACUCCAUCCCGGUGUACGAGAUGAAGUUCCCAGACCUGUGCGUGUACUGAGGGCGGCCGUGCUGGUAGGGCAGAGCCACCGCUGCACAGCUCGCACCAAGGGACCUCUUGGGGAGAGACUGCUGACCCUGCGGGGAGCACAUCCUUGUGCAGGACGGGUGGGGACACGGACACCGAGGCCACCCCAAGAUUCGUUGGCACCACAAACCCGUCUCCCGUACUUUACUUUGUGACUCUCUGCCUCUGCAGCCACGUUUUGCGGUUGGUGGUGCGAGGAGGCUCGGGGCACAGCGGUGCGGGGAGGCGGGUAGUUGCUCUGACCUCCCUCUCCAGUUCCGUUUUUCAGGAAGGGGAGAGGAAAUGCUCUGGCCUCCGGGCAGAGCACGUUGGGCAUGUACAUCUUCCCGGCAUAAAGCAAACCCGUUCCCUGGGGAAUCCCUCCCCGCAUCGUUUGUCGGCCACGUUGAGAGCCCCCGGCAAGGGGCAGGGCUGAAGCUGGAGGGUGUGAGGCUGUAAAAGGCAGGAGGGGGGUCUGGGGUGCGGCGUGCUGGAGCCUGGGGCAGCGGCAUAACC